AUGGAGAAGAGUUCACGGCCAUCGAUUCAACGCUGGCUUCUUAUGAUGUUGUCUUGCUUCUUCCUUCUUACCAUGAUUCAUGCACAUAGGUCACCACCACCCGUCAAACUCCACGUAACGGAAGAACAUGUGGAGAUAGAUAACGGCAUUGUUAAAAUCACGUUGUCUAAUCCGACCGGCAUGAUCACAAGCCUCGGGUACAAAAACAUCACCAAUAUUCUUGAAUAUCGCUUUGUAGAAGGGCGAAGAGGGUACUAUGAUAUUAUGUGGAGUAAGCCAGAUCACAACGAAAGUUAUUUUGACAGACUCGACUGUCAGAGCUUUAGAAUUAUAGUAGAAACAGAUGAUCAAGUUGAACUUUCUUUUACAAGGACAUGGCAUCACUUCCUUGAUGGAGAAGUGCCUCUCAAUAUUGAUAAGAGGUACAUUGUCCUGCGUGGAUCAUCAGGUUUCUACUCAUAUGCAAAUUUAGAGCAUAUGGAAGGAUGGCCCGAUCUAAACAUAUAUGAAGCAAGAAUCGCCUUCAAGCUUCACCAAGACAUGUUUCAUUACAUGGUAAUAUCCGACGAUAAACAAAGGAUGAUGCCAACAGAUAUGGAUUUGAAAACAGGCCAACAUCUUAGUUACAAGGAAGCUGUUUGGUUAACAAAUUCCAGCAAUCCACGACUGAGAGGAGAGGUGGAUGAUAAGUAUCAGUACUCGUGUGACAACAAGGAUAACCGCGUGCACGGAUGGAUUAGUUCAAAAUCCAAUCUGAAGAUUGGGUUCUGGGUGAUAACGCCUAGUGAUGAGUUCCGAGCCGGUGGUCCUGUCAAACAAGAUCUCACUUCGCACGCUUCCUCUACUUCCCUGGCUAUAUUCUUUAGUGUGCAUUAUGCUGGUGAGGAUUUUGGAGUGAGAUUACGUGAUGGAGAGCGGUGGAACAAAGUGUUCGGCCCUGUUUUCAUGUACCUCAACUCGGACUCAGAUUCCACAUCAAUAUGGGAAGAUGCUAAGAGACAGGCUGCCCAAGAGACCAAGAAUUGGCCUUACGAUUUUCCAUUGUCCCGAGAUUUUCCCCAUUCCAACCAACGAGGCGUUGUCACAGGCCGAUUAUUUGUCAAAGACCGGGCAAUUACACCAGCAAUUUCAGCAUAUGUGGGAUUGGCCCAACCUGGAGAUGCUGGAUCUUGGCAGACCAACUCUAACGGCUAUCAAUUUUGGAGCCAAAGCGACAAAAGGGGCCACUUCAGCAUCAAAGGUGUUAGAGAAGGCAUUUACAACUUGUACGCGUGGGUGCCAGGAGUCAUCGGAGACUAUAAACACCAUGCUGAUAUUAUAGUCCAACCAGGAAGCCAAGUUGGGAUGGGUAAUAUUACGUACACUCCUCCAAGAAAUGGUCCGACUCUCUGGGAAAUCGGGAUCCCUGAUCGAACUGCAGCUGAAUUCUACGUUCCUGAUCCAGCCCCUCAUCUAGUAAACAGACUAUAUGUGAACCACACAGAAAAGUAUAGGCAAUAUGGUUUGUGGGAGAGAUACACUGAUUUAUAUCCUGAUCAGGAUUUAAUUUACACUGUCGGAGUGAGUGAUUAUCAUAGGGACUGGUUUUUUGCCCAUGUAAAUAGCUAUGUACCAACAGUAUGGCGAAUUGUGUUCAACACAAGUGAGGUGAUUAGGAGAGGACGUUACACGCUUCGGAUUGCAUUGGCAUCUUCCAACAUGGCAGAAAUCCAAGUACGGAUCAACAAGUUCAAGGGCACUCGCCCCCAUUUCUCGACAGGAUUGAUUGGGAAAGACAACGCGAUUGCUAGGCAUGGUAUUCAUGGUCUGUACAGACUAUACAAUGUGACUGUAUUGGGAUCUCAAUUAGUGGAAGGAACAAACACAAUAUAUCUGAGGCAGUCACGUCCUUCAUCGCCAUUCAUCGGCGUCAUGUAUGACUACAUUCGCCUCGAAGCCCCCGCAUGCGCCUCGACAAACACCACGUGUGUUUCCAAUGCAUCCUGGAUUUCGAAUUCUCUGCUUUUUAACUUGCUUUUAAUUUAUAUCUUUCACUUUCUUGCUUCUACCUUUCAUCCAUUAAUCAACUAG